AGUUUUUCGGUGCCUCGAUCCUAAACAAUGGAAAGACUUAGCAUAAGUUUAGGGUACGUCCAAUUGCUCGGCUCCCAUUCAACUCAAAUGUUUUACGGAGUAGACCUCACCUGUUUACAUGAUUGACUUGACUUACCCUACACCAAUUUUUCAUGAUCAAGUCAAUAGAUCAACAAUAACGACAGCAUUGGUAGAGCGACCUAGCAAAGGUGAACUAAACGAAUGCAGCGUUCUUUCGAGCUCAGAUGCUGUUAGCAUGUUCCGUGAUGAGUGAUCCUUCGGCAUAUAAAUGCAGGGAUUCAACGGUGGUUGCUCGUUCUCACGCAAAAUAAGCACUUGCACAUGAUGACUGAACAAGUCUAAACACCAACUGGAAUCAUCACUUCCUAUUCAUAUUGUAUCUGUAAGUGAUUACAUUCACAAGACAAAUAUACCACCAACAUAAAGCUGCACAGCCGAGGCGAUGAUGAGUGAACCACCUCGAGACAAUGAUUCCAAAAAACAUGAUUACCUAAUCCCGAAAAUCUAGCACAUUGCAUCAUCGUAUUUUUCAUGGUCGCCGAAUUAAUCCCACUCAAUCGCCCAUGACAAAGCAAACUCGCCCUCCACAGUCCAGCAUUAUAGCCCAGUACAGCCAAAUCAACCUCUAUCUGACGUAGAAUAAAUACCUCCACCCCACUUUCCCUUCUCCUACAUCAAAGCCAUCUCGCUCUCCUCUAUGAAUUUCUUUAGAUCAUUCUUCACUCGCGCAACAAGCCCAGGCACAAUGACUCAAGCAUCCACCAAGGUUCAGCAGCUCAUCGACAACAACUCUGUUGUUGUCUUCUCCAAGUCUUACUGCCCUUACUGCAAGCAGACCAAGAAGACUCUGGAUGAGCUUAACGCCGAGUACGAGCUCCUCGAGCUUGACGAAGUUUCCGACGGCUCUGCCCUCCAGGAUGCUCUUGAGCAAAUCUCUGGCCAGCGCACUGUUCCCAAUGUCUACAUCAAGCAGCAGCACAUUGGCGGCAACUCUGACGUUCAGAGCCUAAAGUCUGGUGGAAAGCUUGCUUCCCUGCUCAGGGAGGCCGGUGCCCUGAAGGCGUAAGAAACAUCAAAACAAAUGUCGGACACGUUGGGCUAAGGGCUUCAGUUCUAAGCUCUAGGCAUGUCUUUGUAGACCGUAUGCGGCACAUAGAUAUCGGUUGCACCUGAAGAUUAGACGGUAUUACAAGAUGGGUGGAUGACCCAGAUGAGUUGAAUUCAUGACCCUUUACAAAGACUUGCUGGCUUGUGCCUAGUGAUACAUGGCUUAAUUCCGUAAUGUACAUCUUUUUUGCUGUGGUUUGACCCUCUCACAAAACCUGGGUGGCAACAGUACCAACAGGUCUUUCGACAAACUCCAUGACGCCAUUAAUAAUGUUCUUCCUAGCCUCCUCUGACGCAACCUUCUUACCAGAGAGGUAGUUGAGCCACAGCAGCCUUGAAAGUCGCUCAUCCUCAACAGUUCCCAGUGUAGACUUGACAGACUCCUUGCGAGUGCCAUCAGUGUAAGUGAUGGUCAACUUUCCAGCAGCAUCUC